ACAUGACGCACUGUCGCAGCGCUGCCGCUCCAAACAUCACGAUUGUCGCGGUGUUCGUGCGAGUGGUUUUGCUGUUGCAAAGUGAUUGUCAUGGCAUCGGAGCGAUACAGUUUUUCGUUGACGACUUUUAGUCCGUCGGGCAAAUUGGUGCAGAUAGAGUAUGCUUUGGCGGCGGUAGCGGCUGGCGCGCCGAGCGUGGGCAUCAAGGCGCUGAACGGCGUCGUCCUCGCCACCGAGAACAAACACAAGUCGAUCCUUUACGAUGAACACAGCGUCAGUAAGGUCGAAAUGAUCACCAAGCACAUCGGUAUGGUCUACAGCGGCAUGGGCCCGGAUUAUAGAUUAUUAGUGAAGCAAGCCAGAAAGAUGGCACAGCAGUAUCUCCUGGUCUAUCGAGAGCCCAUUCCUACCGCACAGCUCGUGCAACGUGUCGCAAUGGUUAUGCAAGAAUACACACAAUCUGGAGGUGUCAGACCUUUCGGGGUGUCUCUUUUGAUUUGUGGCUGGGACAAUGAUAGACCUUAUUUAUUCCAAUGCGAUCCUUCUGGCACGUACUUCGCGUGGAAGGCGACCGCUAUGGGUAAGAAUUUCAUCAACGGCAAAACGUUCCUUGAGAAGAGGUACAGCGAGGAUCUAGAAUUGGACGACGCCGUUCACACCGCCAUCCUUACGCUGAAAGAGGGAUUCGAGGGUCAGAUGACGGCGGAUAACAUCGAAGUCGGUAUUUGCGACGCAAAUGGCUUCAGGAAAUUGGAUCCCUCCAAUGUCAAAGAUUAUCUCGCCAAUAUCCCUUAAUAAGCUUAAGUUUCUUAAUGUAUUGUCGGCAUGUGAUUUCACGCAAUAAUGGCGAAUAUGUUGAUAAAUACGCAUCAAGUUCUUGUAAUAAAUACUUUCGUCCAAAGCAAGACAAUGA